UUUCCAAAGUGCCGGGCUGCGCUGCUGUUAAAGCCUCCUGCUUCCCCUUGCUCCCACGACCUACUUCUGGACUUCACUGCUGCAACAAGAGUAAGCGCCUACCAGCACGUCUUCUGCGUGUCUCUGUCCUGCCACCCUCUGGUGAUUAAUGAGUGGUGAAAUUCUUCUGUUGAAGUUCAUGAAAAAAUUCUCAGAGAUUUCAAGAGAGCCAAAACUGCAUCCAGAUGUUUUUCCUUUGUGGGAAACAAUUAUUUUCUUUUGCAUAGGUGGCAAUGCUGGAUUCAGCAACCCACAGCACAUUUCUAUCAAACACAAUGGUCUGUGAUCCCCUGAUGUCUUGGACAGAGUUAUUUGGGACAACUGAAGAUGAUUAUUCCAGCUUUGAUCAUCAGACAGAUUCUGAUCCUUUCUGGACAUCCAUUCACCCAGAAUACUGGAGUAAGCACAAUGUCUGUGAAUGGUUACAGUUUUGCUGUGACCAAUACAAACUAGAUGCCAACUGCAUUUCCUUUUCCCACUUUAAUAUCAACGGCUUACAGCUGUGCAACAUGACGCAAGAGGAGUUCCUAGAUGCUGCAGGCACUUGUGGCCAAUACCUGUAUUUCAUCUUACAGAAUAUCAGGAUGCACGGCAUCUCCUUUUUUACUGGUGCUGGAGAAACAAAGCCAUCUAUCAAGAACUGUGACCUUUUGACCAAGUUGCCACCAGACUCAGGAGUAUCUCCUUCACUUCUCACGUUAUUCUGCAGUUCAGUGCCAGCCAGUGAUAAGGCAUGCAUGAAGGCAGGUGGCAUCAACAGCCAGGAAUGUCACAGUCAUGGUAGAACAAACCUGCAGAGUUCUCAUUUGUGGGAAUUUGUAAGAGAUCUUCUCCUUUCUCCUGAAGAAAACAAUGGCAUUCUCGAAUGGGAGGACAGGGGACAAGGCAUUUUUCGGGUUGUUAAAUCAGAAGCUCUGGCAAAGAUGUGGGGACAAAGGAAGAAAAAUGACAGAAUGACAUAUGAAAAAUUGAGCAGAGCUCUCCGAUACUAUUAUAAAACUGGAAUUUUGGAAAGAGUGGACAAAAGACUGGUGUACAAGUUUGGAAAGAAUGCCCAUGGAUGGCAGCAGAACAAGAUAUGAACUGCCCGAUGCUUCAGCCUCAGCACAAAACAUGCCGCAGACCGAGUAGUCCAGCUGCAAUGGACACUUACGAGCGAGUUUUUCCUCGCCUUCACUGCUCUCUGCCAGUCUAGACCACACCAUUGCAGCCUGCUCCAAGAGACAGGCUUGAGCAACAAAAAAAAAUAGCACUUGAAUUUUGGGGUUGUCUCCUCCUCUGUGCUUUCUGCCAAGCCCCAUGUCUAAGUAAGCCUUUAGGAAUAUCAUUGCUGCUGCUCAAGAGAUUAAGACUAAUAGUCAUAUCUAAAACCUCUCUCUCUCUCUCUGCCAGUAUGAUCACUGACCAGUUUGAAAUAGCUUCUCAUUUCACUGUCAUUUAAAAAAGAUUAUGUGGAGACGUUUUUCCCAAUUAGGUUUUUAUAUUUUUGAAGACUAUAAAAAAGUAUAUUUUUCCUGUGAUUAGAAAACUACUUUUCUGAUCCAUUCUACUCCAGACCAUUACAUUUCUCAGACAUGCUAGAACCCACUGUGCUGUCCAAAAUGAACAAUUUGGUCCCCUAUGCUGGCCUGCAUUUAAUAUGCCUAGUCAGCCUAGUUAUACAGAAAUAAAACUCUAUUCUGAAUUAUUUAUCAGGCAAUUACCUCAUUUAGCUACUAACCUCAUCUAUGCAAUGAUAUUAAUACAUACAUACUAGGUAUAUUAGUUUCUGGCAUCUAAAAGGAGUUAACUGCAAUUAUUCAUCAUUGCUCUUUGCGCUAUAUUGGUGCGUUGUGAUUAAUCACAUGAUAUCAGUUUGUUAUUUGGCAGAAUGAAUAUAUAUUUUAUUACACAGAAUUCUGAGGGCAAAUAUUCACUCUUGUGAAAUCCAAGUUCGUUUUCUACAAAUUCUUAUGCAUGGAAGUUUGAAUUUGCCUUCUACUAACCUUCAUGAAGGUGAAUUCAAGUCACUUUUGCAUUCAGAAGCAGCAGUUCUGAAAAGGGUACAAGCAUUUGCUGAAGCAGAUUAAUUUUGAAAUGCAAAUGAAUAUUUGUGGAGAGGUUUUUAUAUACAAACAUUGGCUCAAUUCUUCGAAGCAGCCUAUGACAUACAGUUGUACAUAUAUUAUUAAAAUUAAUGUGUGGUAAGUGCCCUCACUGCUUCAUACAUCAAUCUUACAGUAAGUAAAUUGGUUAGAAUGAAAGGUGGUGUACAAGUGUUCAAGUGUGGUUUUUGAAAGCCCUAUAGCUGUUCUGCAGUUUUAAGAAAAUUGCUUCUCCCACAUAACAAAUUUAAGCAACAAUUGUAAAUCCAUCAACCAUUUUAGAUCUACCUCAAGCAGCAUUCAGAGUGUCCCAGCGGGGCCUUGGUCUUGCUUUCCAAUGGACAGCUCUGCAGCACAUUGUUCCAUGUAAUCUCAGUUCAGUGUUGAGCUCCUUUCUUCCCCAACCCUAAAAGUCUACAUCUUGCAACUCAAAAAAUUAUGGCAGUGUUUGCAAUAGCAAUUGUAUUUUCUAGCAAGUGCUUGUUUUAAAAAUUGAGAUGAUCAAACUAAGUACUGCUGCUGCAAUCCCAUUUUAGGUUGGUACCAUACUACACAGGAUCAGUAAGCAAUGGCCAGGACAAAGGAUGGCUGCUACUGACUUUAGAAGCUAGAGAUCCAUGUCCCGGCUAUAUCUCUAACCCACCAAAAAUUGCAAAAGUGAGAUUAGAGAUGAUUAUCCCCCAGGUUUGUUCUAAAGGUUAGGCAUAUCUGUUUGGAAGGACUCCUCUUACUCCUGUUUUUCAAACAUUUCUUUGUUUUUAUCUGCCUAACAGCUACAGACAUUCUGGCUGGGGGAUAAACUCUUUAGGGAUGGGAAUAUGGUAUAAAGGGCAGACUGUGAAUAAUGUUCUGAAGUGUAUUGCAGCUGCCUAUUUCCUAUCAAUGGAUAAUGACUUUGCUGAAAGAAGAAAAAAAAAAAUCACAGCCAAAACAAGGGCACUAAAUCCCACAUAACAAGCCACGUGGCUGAGAGAUGAACACUUUCAAAUUAUAUUUUGCUACCUAAAUUGCACAAAUUUUAGAUACAGUACUAAUACUCAGUUUGGGCUACAGUCAGACCUCCAAAAAUUUUGGAAACUAGCAGCAAUCACCUUCUAUUUCCUAGUCUGACAAUGUUCAGUCAUCAUCACUGACAAAAUCCACCUAGGUGACCCUCAUUUAACCAAACCUGUGCCAAGUCAAAAAGAAAUCUGCAAACCAAGAAGCCCUAAAGUACAGAUAUGUAGAUUUACUGUAAAUGUGUUUUCAAAAUGUGAAUGACUAAGUAUCUAUUUUUGGAUUUGUAUAGUUUCCAGCCAAUUGCAAUCUGUAAACAAUGUGAAUGAAAUAUUUAAUAUGCAA